ACUGUAAGGUGUGGGAAAUGCAUGCCAGGUGGUGCAUUUAAAAAUAGGGUGUUUUUUUUGCGUGAAAAUGCGUAAAUAAUUGCACGAAUCACUCGUACAUUGGGGCAUAAUUACAAAACAAUUGCGUGAAGACAUUUGCAAGUACCUCCGGGGACAAUCAGUGUGGGUUUUGCUGUGAAAAGACGCUGAAAUUUGCUUCAUUGUUCGUUGUGGGAGGAAGAGAAAAAGCGGAAAUGUCAUCGCGAGUUCUGCGGAAGCUCCAUGGUGAGGAAGCACUGCAACUGCCGGAGGAUCAGCUGUCGGAUGUUGAGACUGAAAUUACGGGGGGCACGAAGAAGAAGCUCAACAUCAAUCGAUACGAUUUGCUCAAUCAGCAAUCCCCGUCCGAGAGUGAGGUGAAGGAGGAUGACAAUGAGACAGAACAUGCCUCAGCUGCCAGCAAUGCCCACACCUGUGAGCAGGCAAAGAAGAAAAAGAAGCGCAAAAAGAGGAAGGGAGGGAAGCAAUCAAGUGCCCAAAGACGCAGCUCUGAGGACAAUGCUGAGGUGGAUGUAAUCACGAAGACUGUUCGCGAGGUGGACAAACUCUUUGGCGAAGCGUACGAAUUGCCCGCAUCUCCCGUGGCCAAGAGCGCCGUGGGCUGUGAUUCAGCCGGGAAGUCGCUCCUUGCGGUUCAGCAUAAGAACCUCAAUCCGUCGUAUGAGAUGAAGAGGAUGUUUGGGAGUCGCGUUGUCCAGGCGGAGCAGGCAAAGAGGCGCAAUACGCGCGGACAGCGCCCCCUCAAAUCCACAUGGUUGGUGAAUGUGAAGGAGAAUUGGCCCCCUGUGGGUAAGACUGGCAUCUCAAUGACCCAAACAGCUGCUCCGGAAGUUCCCGGAACAUCCCGUGUGCUGGACAAGGGUGUCACAUACUUCACGUUUGAGCACAGUCAGUCCUACCGGCAGGUGCAGAAUAAAUUUCUCGCCGCCGUGGAGAGUAUGGAUUCGGAUAAUAUAAUUCAGAUUAUCAAUCAGCAACCCUACCACGUGGAUUCGCUCAUUCAGCUGAGUGAGCUGUGCAAGAUGUCCGAGGACAAUGCAAUGGCAUCAGAGCUCAUUGAGCACGCCAUCUUUGCCCUUGAGUCCUCCUUCCACAACUCCUUCAGCCUCACAUCCGGCAAUUGCCGCCUCGACUACCGCCGUCAGGAGAAUCGGGCACUCUUUGUGGUACUCUUCAAGCAUGCUCAGUACCUCGAGGCACGUGCCUGCUCCCGCACUGCCCUCGAAGUGGCCAAGCUGCUGCUCUCACUGGAUCCCAUCAAUGAUCCACUCGCCAUCAUUCUCGUCAUUGACUACUACGCCAUUCGCGCGAAGCAGUACGAAUGGCUUGUUGAGCUCUACAAUGAAUGGGAGAGCUCCAAUAAUCUCUCCCAGCUACCCAAUAUGGCCUAUUCCUACGCCUUAGCCCUCUUCCUCAUCCACAAGGAAAAUGACUGUUCAGGCGCUGAUUCCGCUCUCCAGUAUGCUCUACUUAUGUUUCCGGGUGUCUUGAGGCCUCUUCUGGACGCUUUGUCCAUUCAAAUUGAUUCCCGCGUCAAUGGGCAUAGCUAUUUUAGCCCCCUGACCUGCAACAGCCAUCCGGCUGCCCUUCAGCAACUCACAUCACUCUAUGUGGUGCGAUCGAAGAUAAUUUGGCGUGAUCAGGAGAUUCUGCCGUGGUUGGAGCGCAAUGUGAACACUGUGUUGGAUCGUGUGGAUGCCAAGGAUGAGAUUGUUGCGGAAUUCGCCUUGAAGCGAUCACAGCGCUACGUGAGUCCCCCGCGGGCUAUUCUGCGGCACAUUGUGCUGGCGGAUUUCAAGGAGAAGGUCCCCCUGGCGCCAUUUAUUGCCAAGGAAACCGACCCCAUCCUCAUGUACGACCCCCUGCCACCGCUGGACUCCAUCAACAUCUACUCACGCCCCAUUUUCACACCAACGAACAGCGUUCAGCUGCAGAACUCCUCACCCUUCUCCAUGUUCUUCCAGAGCCUCCUGCCGAGUUUCUCCGUGAAUCAGGCAGCCCCUGGUGGUGGUGGUGGUAAUAGGGCCGCUGUGGCACCCCUUGCAGCAGACGCCCAACAAGCGCUGGAGGAUGACGAUGGAGUAGCCGGAGCGCAGGGCUUUCAGUCCUACACGGAAUUCCGGAAUUCCCUGAAUUCCGUCGUGGACGCCCUGAGGGAUUUCCUCACAAACAUUCGCGUCCCCGAGCGCCCCAAUGAUGCCGACGUGGAUGAGAAUGAGAGUACAGAUGAUGAGGCGAAUGAUUAUUUGACAUAAGACGUGACUCGCGCGCGGCUGAACAUUGAUGGACGCAUUCUCAAUCGCAUCCAGAGCUUCAUCCAACGCAAAGAAAUUCUUUAAUUUGCAAUAAAGAGAAAAAUCAUUAAAUUAACAUUUUUACAAUGAAAUUCAAUUGAGAAGAGAAUUCUACUUAAAACCUACUUUUUUCACAUUAUUAUGUUAAUUUAUGCUUCACAAUUUAAUUUGUAAAAGAAAAUAUCAAAUCUGUAAAUUUUAUUCAUUUGAAAAUAAUAAAGAAAUUCCUCAGAAACUCA